AUGGCCCUGGGACUGCAGCUUCAGCAGCAGGCACUGGCUGGACUUCUGCUCUGUCUGUGCGUCGGGUGAUGGGCUGAGGCUGGGAAGGUGCUGGUGGUCCCCAUGGAGGGCAGCCACUGGCUCAGCAUGCGGGAGGCCAUAUAAGAGCUCCAUGCCAGAGGUCACCAAGCAUUAUCUCUGGAGGUCAAUGUGCAAAUCAAAGCAGAGGACUUUUUCAUCACGAAAAGCUAUACCAUUCUGUAUACCCAGAAUGAAUUUGAUUUCCUCAUGUAGGGCCAUUUUAUUCUGAGUUUUGAAGGAGUACAUUUUGUAACGAUGUUGUUGGAAACUAUGGCAGUUGAAAAUGUGUCUUUGCUCUUUUAAAGGUCUUGUAAGGGGCUGCUGUUUAACAAGAACCUGAAUGCCAGUUCCUUUCAUGUGGUUUUAACAGACCCUAUUUAUCCCUCCUAUCCCUGUGGGGCAGUGCUGGCUAAGUACCUGUCCAUUCCCUGUGUAUUUAUUAUUGAGUCUGUUCCCUGCGACUUAGAUGUUGAGGGCACAGCGUGCUCAAACCCUUUCUCAUGUGUUGCUAGGAUAUUAACAACGAAUCCAGACUGCAUAACAUUCUUCCAAGGGGUCAAGAACAUGCUCUACCCUCUGGGCCUGAAGUACAUCUGCCAGGUUGCUUUCACUUCUUAUGCAUGUAUGGCCUCUGAGUUUCUUCAGAAAGAGGUGUCGCUGGGGGAGAUUCUUGCCUCUGGAUCCGUGUGGCUGCUCAGAGGAGACUUUGUGAUGGACUACCCACGGCCAAUCAUGCCCAACAUGGUGUUCACUGGGGACAUCAACUGUGCCAACCAGAAGCCAUUUUCUCUGGUGUGUACUGCUGCCUUAAGCAAUGUGUGUGCUAAGUCUCCUCUUUGG